AUGUCUUACGCUUACCUCUUCAAGUACAUCAUCAUCGGAGAUACCGGAGUAGGGAAAUCAUGCCUUCUGCUUCAAUUCACGGACAAGAGGUUUCAGCCGGUGCAUGAUCUCACCAUCGGUGUUGAAUUUGGGGCUAGGAUGAUCACCAUCGAUAACAAACCCCUCAAACUCCAGAUCUGGGAUACGGCUGGUCAAGAAUCAUUUAGGUCGAUUACAAGGUCAUACUAUAGAGGAGCUGCUGGUGCAUUGCUUGUCUAUGAUAUCACAAGGAGAGAGACAUUUAACCAUCUAGCCAGCUGGCUAGAGGAUGCGAGGCAGCAUGCAAAUGCAAAUAUGACGAUAAUGCUCAUUGGGAAUAAGUCUGAUCUUGCCCACAGAAGGGCAGUGACCACAGAGGAAGGAGAGCAGUUUGCAAAGGAGCAUGGUCUUAUAUUCAUGGAAGCCUCUGCCAAGACUGCUCAGAAUGUUGAAGAGGCGUUCAUAAAGACAGCGGCAACAAUAUACAAAAAGAUUGAAGAUGGUGUGUUUGAUGUGUCAAAUGAGUCGUAUGGAAUAAAAGUUGGAUAUGGAGGAAUCCCAGGGCCAUCUGGUGGUAGAGACGGAUCCACAUCUCAAGGAGGGGGUUGCUGCGGCUAAGAUGGGAAUAGUUUCUAUAUCAUCAUGUAACAUAUGAUAUAUAAGCAAAAAUAUCUCUCUUUAAAUUAUAUAGUUGUAAAUCGUUUGGCUUUCGAUUUGGUGACUUGUGUUGUGGCGGAUUACGAAUUAUUCAUUUAUCUAUAAGAUGUGUUUUGCGUCUCUAAGGAUAUGGUUGAUGUAUGAAUCUUGUCCAUUCGCAUGACAAUUGAUACAGUAAUAAAGAU